AUGAACUCAGUAUAUGAAGAACUUUGUGUAAAGAGGUGUAAAGUAGCGGUUCAAAUUCAACAAAAUAUUAAAUCUUGUGAAUCAUUCAUUCUUCAUCAAAAUUUACUUUGUUGUGUUUGUUGGACAGAUUCUAAAUUAAACAGAGAAAACAUGUCUUAUGUUUCAUCAGAUCCCUCUAAGCCUGAAAGAUGGUAUAUUGUCUACCCAUCUUAUAUAAACAGCAAAAAAACAAUAGCAGAAGGAAGAAGGAUCCCUAAAGAAAAGGCAUGUGAAAAUCCUACAGUAAAUGAGAUAAAAGAUGUCUGUCAAAGUCAAAAUCUGAACUGUUCGGUUGAAAACAAGCAAUAUCCUAGGGAUAGUGCGAAAGAUGCAUUAUGCAAAGGAAGAGUAAGGGUACAACUGAAGAAUGCAGAAGGAAAUCCAAUUAAUGUGUUAUUCAAAUGUAAAAAAGACCUUUUUCUUUAUCUUGGAGAAAUGAUACCUAAAUUAAAAAGUAGACAGGGCAAAACACAGCAAGGUGACUUAGCUAGUUCACAGACCUCUGUUGGAAACACAAACAAAAAGAAAAAAGGCAAGAAAGGAAAAGGAAAAUAAACGAUGUUAUUUUUCAUACUUAUUGAAUAAACAUGAACUGGAUCCUUGCUGUGAAUUGUGAAUAUUAAUAAAGUUACCGUUUAUGAGAAACGAGAGAAAAUUGAAAUAACAUUUAUCACCCACGAAAUAUUCAACAUAUUUUGUCUGGCUAACUGUCGACAUUAGUAUAGUAUAUCCAGUCUGCAUGUUUUUUAGUCUUACUAUGUAAAUUUCAGAACUUUAGCUACCAUUGAACAAUGGUUUUUUUGUCAUUUUUUUGUCGUUAUUGAACCACAGGAUUGAACAGAAAGAAAUUUAAAGUUACAAAAGAGGAUUACGUAAAUAAAUGGGCUGGCUUCGCUACUGACUGUUAAUUUA